AUGGUUAGAAAGAAAGAUCGAUUUUGGAGCUAUGUUGAAGACCUAGAUGGCCAUUUCAAAUGUAACUUUUGUCAGCAUAAUUUUGCUGGGGGUGCUUCUAGGAUUAAAUAUCACUUGGCUGGAGUUAAAGGUAAUAAUGUAGAUAUUUGUACAAGUGUGCCUGAAGAUGUUCAAAAAGAAGCUUAUCUAGCAGUUGGAGGGACUAACAAAAAACUGAAGAGUGCAUCAAGUUCUAGCAAUGCUAAAGAGAGUAAAAACACAUUGUGUUCAAUAUCGAAAGAUAUGUGCCACGCUACCAAUUCAGAGAUGUGUGGUAAAAAAGAUAAGAAUGCAGUGGACAAAUUGCUUGCACAACUUGUUACGGUAAAUAACAUAUCAUUUGAUGUUGUUCAAACGACAUCCUUUAUUCGCUUUGUGCAAGGUGUUGCUGAAUAUGGUCCUGACUAUAAGUUACCCUCUUAUUUGACUUUCCAAAGGAAGCUAAUUCCAGACUUGAAGGUAGAAGUGGAAGAGUAUAUUAGAAAUGUUAAGAAAUCAUGGUUGGUAUCUGGUUGUACACUUAUGUCAAACAUAUGGAGUGAUGUAGAGCAUAGAGCAUUUAUCAAUAUUAUUGCAUAUUCUCCUAGUGGAGUAAUAUUUUUGAAGUCACUUGAAGUUUCAAGAGAUAAAAUAACAACACUAUAUAUUAAAGAUAUCAUCUCUUCAGUAAUUGAAGAAAUUGGGUCAGAUAAUGUUGUUCAGUUGAUCACUGAUAAUACUACUAAUUUUGAGUCUGCUGGAGAUAUGCUUAUUAGCAAGUACCCUUGGUUGUACAAAACUCAAUGUGCUGCUUACAGCAUUAGAUUGCUUUUGAAGGAAAUAUGCAAGGAAGUUGAUUGGGUUCAGAAGAUAAUUAUUGAUGCAAAAUCAAUUGUUUCAUACAUGUAUAAGGAUGGUAUCAUUUUGUCCCUUAUGAGAGAGUACACAAACCACAAGGAAUUGAAACAUCCUUGUAAAAGGAGGUUUUCUUCUAAUUUCUUGAUGCUUCGAUCUAUUUUGAAUGUUCAAGAUGAAUUGCAGUUACUUCUUGUAUCUUCUAAGUGGAAAAAUUUGAAUCAUAAUGAAAAGGACAUUGCUAAAGUUGCUAGUAUCAUUCAAAGUGCAGAAUUUUGGAGUCAAGUGAAAGAGGUGUUACUAGUGUUGGAGCCUUUGGUUCGAGUUCUUCGAUUAGUUGAUAAUGAUUUGUCAACUGCAGGAUACUUUUAUGAAGCAAUGGAAAUGGCAAAAGAAACAAUGAAGCAACAGUAUGAUAGCAAUCAAGACAAAUAUAUGCAGAUAUGGAAGUUAUUUAGUUUGAGAAAUUUAUAG